AUGUGGGGCUGGCUGGAGCGGGACCAGCAGCUGGAGGCUGCUCCCAAGCGCGCCGCCCGUCAUCCUGCGCUGUCGGACGCAACCUGCCCGUCUGUCUUUAAUGAUGGCAAUUCAAUGUUGUAUGCCUAUAUUCACGUGAAAGCCCACAAACAGUUCCGCUGGUGGAAAUGCCUGGCGAGUCAAGCGCUGUUCGUGGAGAAAAGGGGCACAAACUGGCACCGGUUCAUAUUUUGCUGUGUGGGUGUUGAAGAAGAAGAGGCACCAGACAUCGACAUCUAUCAUUGUCCAAAUUGUGAGAAAACCCACGGAAAGUCUACUUUGAAAAAGAAAAGAAAUUGGCAUAAACACGAUACUGGACAGACGACAGAGGUCAAACCUGUACAGAACGGGAGCCAAGUCUUCAUAAAGGAACUUCGAAGUCGUACUUUUCCAAGUGCUGAAGAUAUAGUCGUGAAAGUGCCAGGCAGCCAACUAACAACAGAGUAUUUGGAAGAAAAUGGCUUUGCAGAGCCCAUCCUCGUCCCAAAGAAGGACGGCCUGGGUUUGUCCGUACCUGCACCCACCUUCUACGUCAGCGACGUUGAAAACUAUGUCGGACCAGAGAGGAGUGUUGAUGUCACUGAUGUCACCAAACAGAAAGACUGCAAGAUGAAGCUCAAGGAAUUUGUGGAUUACUACUACAGUACAAACAGGAAAAGGGUCCUCAAUGUGACCAACCUGGAGUUCUCCGACACAAGGAUGUCUAGUUUUGUAGAGCCUCCAGAUAUAGUUAAGAAGUUGUCCUGGGUGGAAAACUAUUGGCCUGAUGAUGCUCUUCUGGCUAAACCAAAAGUGACGAAGUACUGCCUGAUCUGUGUGAAGGACAGCUACACGGAUUUCCACAUAGAUUCCGGAGGAGCUUCUGCAUGGUACCAUGUGCUGAAGGGAGAAAAGAUAUUUUAUCUCAUCAAACCAGCCUCUGCAAAUAUUUCUCUUUAUGAACGCUGGCAAUCGGCGGCAAACCACAGUGAGAUGUUUUUUGCAGACCAAGUAGAUAAAUGUUACAAAUGCACAGUUAAACAAGGACAGACGCUCUUCAUUCCAUCAGGUUGGAUUUAUGCAACUCUAACACCUGUAGACUGCCUGGCCUUUGCAGGACAUUUUCUACACAGUCUAAGUGUUGAAAUGCAGAUGAGGGCAUAUGAAGUAGAAAGACGAUUGAAAAUUGUCAGUCUGACCCAGUUUCCAAACUUCGAAACUGCAUGUUGGUAUAUGGGAAAGCAUCUACUAGAGACAUUCAAAGGUUUGCAUAAAGCUGGGCAACAACCUCCUGCUCAUUUACUCCAAGGAGCAAAAAUUCUCAAUGGUGCUUUCAGGUCAUGGACUAAAAAACAGGCUCUAGCAGAGCAUGAAGAUGAGCUACCAGAAAACUUCAAACCAGCACAACUUAUCAAGGACCUUGCCAAAGAAAUAAGAUUAAGUGAGAAUGCUUCAAAAGCCAGCAAAGCAGACACGAGUGCCAACACAAAUGCUGAGGAGAUCUGUCCUGUGGAGAAGGAAGAGGCGCCAUCACCCGUCCAAGUGACGCCUCCGCCCCCGCCUGUAGAGAAGCUCCCUAAAAAAAAGACUCCCAAAACUGUGAAAACCCCCAAACAACUCAAGCCAUCCAAACCCCCCAAACCUCCCAAGCCACCCAAACCCCCUAAGCCUCCCAAAACACCGAAAGUUAAGGGAGAAGGAAAAAAGAAAGGAAAGAAGGCAAAAGAGAGUCCACCACCAGCCAUCCCGAAUCUCGACUUGCUGGAGGCGCACACAAAGGAGGCUUUGACAAAGAUCGAGACGCCAAAGAAGGGGAAGGCUGCAAAGAAUGUUUUAAGUGUUCCCAAUAAGGAAACUCCUAGUAAGCAGAAUGAGGUGGAGAAAUUUGAAGUUCGAGAGCAAAAUAAAAGCAAAACAGAAGCCAAAUGGAAAUACAAGAACAGUAAACCCGAUUCACUUCUAAAAAUGGAAGAAGAACACAAAUCGGAAAAGACGCCUUUAUCAGGAAAUAAGGACAACAAAUUUACCUUCUCUUUCUCUAAUAAGAAGUUGCUUGGUUCAAAGGGAGUCAAAACCCAGCUGAAUACCAGUGUGUUUGGGUCACUGCAGAAUUUCAAAGAAGAUAAAGCAAAACCUGUACGAGACGAAUAUGAGUAUGUCUCAGAUGAUGGUGAACUAAAAAUUGAUGAGUUUCCAAUCAGAAGGAAGAAAAACACUACAAAAAGAGAACUGCCCUUUUUGUCAGAUAAAAAAGACACUCUGCAGCACACUCCUGUCAAGAAGCCAAAGGUGGAGGCGGUAUCAUACAAGAGCGAUGACUCGUCAGAUGAAGAUUUGCUUCACAUUGACACAGAGGCAAAGCCAGGGCGCAAUUCCAAAGUAAAGAAAGAGAGUGGAAGUUCGGCAGGAAUUCUUGAUCUUUUGCAGGCAAGCAAGGAAGUUGGGGGUUUAGAGUAUAACACCAACAGUCAGCCACCUGCCUCCCCCAGCACGCAAGAGGCCAUCCAGGGCAUGCUCUCGAUGGCAAACCUCCAGUCAUCAGAGUCCUGCCUCCAGACGUCGUGGGGUACCAAUCAGGCGAAGAAUAACUCCAUCUCCACACAAAACUCUAAAAAAACGGGUGGUGGCAGCAACAAAAAUGCUGGCAAGCGGUUACUAAAGAAAAGCACAAAGAACAGUAUUGACAUCGAAGAUUACGAUGAAGAUCAGGACCACUUAGAUGCCUGUUUUAAAGAUUCCGAUUACGUUUACCCUUCUCUCGAAUCAGAUGAAGAUAAUCCAGUAUUCAAAUCCCGAUCAAAGAAGAGGAAAAGUUCGGAUGAUGCCCCUUACAGUCCAACGGCACGGGUUGGCCCCUCGGUGCCUCGACAAGACAGACCGGUGCGAGAGGGCACGAGAGUCGCCUCCAUUGAAACUGGACUUGCCGCCGCUGCAGCGAAGUUGUCACAGCAGGAGGAACAGAAAGGCAAGAAGAAAAAAAAUACCAAAAAGAAGGUGUCAACCAACAACGCGAACAAACCGGCUCAGGAAGGCAGCUCGCCAGAGCCGAAGCUGGAGUCACAUGCCAGCAGCCUCACAGAUCACGAGUACACCGCAGGGGCCAGCACCUUUGGGGUCGCCCAGCCUAACAGGGGAUCGCAGCCGAUGGCACCCGGUGUUUUCCUCACACAGAGGAGACCCUCAUCAUCCUCGCAGAACAAUGCCUCCGCCAAAGGUACCAGGAAAUGCCUGGGGUUACGGUGUGGCAAUGGGGAAGGGUGA